GGGCAACUACUGUGGUCAAGUGGUAGAACAAAACACCGUUAAAUUGAGCGUCGACUUCUGGCGUAUCCACCUCGCAGUGUUCACUUGGACUACCGUAUUGUCUAAGUGUGUCAGAACGUUCCGGGCAGAAUGGGAGUCUUUAUUCAGCAAUAGCUCCGCGAGUGGAAAGGUUCCCUGUUGCUUACUGUCAUCCGCGGGCCCUUUAAGGAUGCGGUCGCUGACAUUGACGAAAUUUCCUGGUUCUGAAUCGUUGUGGACCUCCCCGAAAAUCAACAAUCAACGCACACGGGUUUCUCGCAUGGAGGUGCACUUGCGUGUGACCCAAAGCUCUGGAGAAUUGACCAUCGUUUCGGACAACUGAAGGGAGGACGAGAUCUUUUAUGGAGACGACCGUCCAGGUCUGGGCGUGGGGAGUAAGGAGUCUUUGCGUGAUUUCUUAGUGCGCUUACUGUAGCGUUGCCAAGGCGAACCUCGGAAUCAAUUGCGAAAUCCAGUUGUUAAUGAAACUUCCCUACCAUUUAUGUGCAAGGGUUGCCGUUCGCCAUGCUGAGCUGAAGCGGAGGACGCCGUUGAACAUGCUAAAGCGCUUGGACAAGAUCCGUUUCAGAGGUCAGAAGCGAGACGAGUUCCUGGAUCUAUCCGAGUCUCCCAACGCGUCGGACAAUGAGUGCGGCGACGAAAUCCUCCUGAAGCCCCGCCCCUCCGGCCGAGACACGGAGGACCUCCGGGACCCCGCCAGCCCGGCUUCCCUCGCCAUGGCCGCCGCCAUCCAGGACCUCCAGAGGACCGAGUCGGACCGCCUCACCGAGGUCAAAGGUCACCUGGAGGUCGCCUUGCUGGAGAAGCACUUUUUACAGGAGGAGCUGCGAAAGAUUCGGGAAGAGACAAACAUCGAGGGCCUGAAGCAGGAGCUGGAGAAGGAGCGGGGGAAGCGGCUCGACCUGGAACAGAAGAUGAACGAGGUGCUCAAAACCAGACUGGAAGACUCGCCGCCCCAGGCCCCUAAAUCACCAGCUGCCAACGGGACAGCGGACGCCCAGCGCGACACGUUCUGCUCGCGCACGCUGAAGUGGCUGCGCGACAAGCUGGGCGCCUACCUGGAGGACUUCCGCUUCCAGCCAGAAGAGAGCGCCGUGGAGCCGGACGAGCCGCUCAGCGCUAAGCGGCUAACGGAGAACAUGCGACGACUCAAGAGAGGCGUCAAGCCCGUCACAAGCUUCCUAAGGAACCUCUCUGCCUUAUCGAGCUGGCACUCUGUGUACACGUCAGCGAUCGCCUUCAUAGUCUACAUGAACGCUGCUUGGCAUGGAUGGGCCAUCCCUUUGUUCUUGUCCCUCGCCAUUCUGAGGUUGUCCUUAAAUUACCUCAUCUCAAGGGGCUGGAGGAUCCAGUGGAGUAUUGUGCCUGAAGUCUCGGAGCCUGUGGAACCACCAAAAGAAGAACUCACCGUGUCGGAGAAGUUCCAGUUAGUCCUGGACGUUGCGCAGAAAGCACAGAACCUUUUUGGCAAGAUGGCCGACGUGCUGGAGAAGAUUAAGAACCUCUUCAUGUGGGUGCACCCUGAGAUCACGCAGAAGCUGUACGUCGCUCUGUGGCUGGCCUUCAUCGCGUCCUGCUUCCUCCCCUACAAGCUCGUGGGCUUCAUGAUUGGGAUCUACGCCGGCAUCAAGUUCUUCAUCAUCGACUUCAUCUUCAAGAGCUGCCGCAAGCUGCGGGAGAAGUACGACACGCCCUACAUCGUGUGGACCCACCUGCCCACCGACCCGCAGCUGAAGGAGCGCUCCAACGCCAACCUGUCCAGACGGCUCCAGCCAGUGACGUCGCGCAGCGCCCUGGCGGCCAGCGCUCCCUGCAGCAUCGGCCGCGAGGAGGAGGGCGGCCGACUUUACAGCACCAAGAAGGGCGCCUUCCACGAAGUGUUCAACCUGUCGGAGAGCGAGCGCCCCCUACCGGUGUGUGAGAACGGGUGGCGGUGCUGUCUGAUAAACAGAGACAGGAAGAUGCCCACCGACUACAUCCGCAACGGCGUGCUCUACGUCACGGAGAAUUACCUCUGCUUCGAGAGCUCCAGCUCGCGGUCGAGCUCCUACAAGAAGAACAAAGUCAUCAAGCUGGAGGACAUCACGGACAUUCAGAAGUACAAGGUCCUGUCCGUGCUGCCGGGAUCCGGAAUGGGGAUUUCCGUAGCCACGCCCUCCACCCAGAAGCCUAUGGUGUUCGGAGCCAUGAUCCACAGGGACGAGGCCUUCGAGGCCAUCUACACGCAGUACUUAAAAAUCCUGCCCGUGGUGGCCAACCCGGAGACCUAGCGUCCAGCAGGGGGCGCUCUCCCCCCCCCUCCUGAGUCCUCACCGCAAGCCGGGAGGGGGCCAGGGGGGUGGGACGGCAGGUUUACACACCCACCAUUUACGGGAGGCACACGCCUCUCGUUCGCUACAGUUGGAGGACUCAUUUCAACCGAUGUUUCUGUUGUGGGGAGGGAAGAGGAGGGGGGGUGGUCUGAGAGAACACUGUUAUAUACUGGAUCGUGGUGGGGGGGUGGGGGGGGGGGCUGGAUCUACUCCCCAACCCGGCGGUGCCAUCCUUCCUUCCACAGGGAUGCGUGAUACUCAGACACGUCCGCCAGAAACGCUUCUUUCUUUUUUUUUUUUUUCGCGGUAAGCCUUCGUCAGGUACCCUCGGUGCGCGAGGCGGACCGGAGGCGGAGCCGAGCCCAAAACCGACCCGAAGCCUUUUUCUUGAUUCAAGGCCCCGCCUCGAAGCUGACAUUGCCGUUGCCGCGGGCGACGAACUCGCCGCGUCGGAGAAAGCCGGGGCUUGUUUUUUUACAGGGUUGGCGGAGUGCUUCCCGGUGGCGGGGUUUUUAAAGCGCUGAGCUAUUUUAAGCAGCGGCUGAUUUUCGUAACGGACGUCGACCAAUCGAACGAGCCGAUUGCGGAAUCAGCUGAAAGCGUUGGCGACAGCGUGGAGCGGCGGCGUCUGUUAUCAGUGUCAAAGCUCAUUUAGCGGGGAACACAUUAUCGACCUAAAUAUAACCUGCUUCUGACGGACUCAUGAAAUAGCACCUGAUAGCAUAGCAUAGGGAAAGUGUAGAAAUCCUUAAUCAGCCUGCCAUAGGCUACUUAGCACUGUACACAGGUUUCCCCGUACAAAAGUGAAAUAUACUGCCAUAUAUUGUACACUCGUGGACUUUUUUUUGAAAAAUAUAACAGCAGAUAUAUUUCGCAGCGGUACGUUUCUUUCGAGAAGACGCAUUUCAAAUAUCUGAAAAUGGCAGCUUAUUUACCCGUGUGUUUUCAAGUGGAGCGUUCUCUCGAUACAUUUCAUUUCAAAACGACACUCAGCAUUGAUCUUGUGGCCAGGGCUGUGUGUGUAGACCCUAUAGCCAUAUCGGUUCGUCCCAGUACUGACGCCAGGGUGUGUAAGCUCUAGGGCUCCAUCCUGAGUCACUUGCGACAUAAGGUUUGGGCUGCUCUUAUACGUCGGGACGGGUACCCCAAAGUCCUGUUUGUCGACGAAGGGAAAUAAGAUUGUUUUUCCUUAAAAAUCGCUAUGUGUGUUAUAAAUGUUUGUUCUGGCAAUGCUAACCAAAUGGCCUUUAUUCUGGGCAGGUCAACACAGUGAAUCGCCAUCCUCGCUAAAGGCUCAAUGUUUCCUUUAGGUAAAAAGUUAAUCAUUUUCUUUCAGGAAAGUUCCAUGUUUUAAAUCGCAAUUCCAAAUCACAAACUCCGUCACUCCUAUUAUGACUUAUAUGGUCAGAUUGUAUGUACCAUUUUCUCUAGACAUUUUUGUCAUCUGUUUCUAUUUGUCUUGCACACACACACUAAGUACCCACAUACAAUAGAAUUAUAAGGCUGGAGAUCCCUCAUAUAAAGCAUUGAUCUGUGAAGUUGUGCCUAUAUUGAACAAGUAGGAGCUAUUUUGAGUUAAUUGGGGGUGCCUGUAUUGGGGUUUAGUUGCUUAAUUUUUGGGUCUAUACAUUCAGGGUGCCAUUUUCAGAUAGGACUGUUAAAUUCACCUCAUGUAUCAUUAUUCUGUCAGAUCUAGUCAUUCAUCAAUUCAUAUAUCAAUGUGGUUGUCUCUGUGAUGAUAUGUGAUUGGCUGUUGUGGGUCACAUGGUCAUGUCAGCUUUGUCAGCCUGUCUGUGUCCUAGUCCGAAUGCACUGCACGGACAGCUCUUCACACGCACACUCAUCACUCGCUUGCUUAAUUCCAAAAAAGGCCCAGGAUCACGUCCCCUGUCAUGUGACAGUUGUUUUUUUUAUCAUCUGAUGCCCUUGACAAACAUAUAGAAAAAGUCUGUGGUAAAGCCAGCUCCUGAUUGGCCAAUUAGUGGGGACCUCGUCACACUGUGAAGCAGGCACCUGGUAUCAGCUUUUGUUUUCUCUCAAGACCUUACACAAGUACUGCUUUUUAUUUAUUUUUUUGUUUUCAGCUGCAAGUUUUCAUUUUUUUAAUAAAAAUGCUUUCCUCAAACAUUUUUUGUUUGGUGUAACCGGGACUACCGACCUUAACAUGGAUGCCUUUACUUGAAGCUUUUUGUCGUCUUCUUUUUUGGUUUGUUUUAACCUCGGACUUGGAAAGAGUCUGAGCUACCCGCUGCAGUGGUCCGCUGACCAGUCUACAGAAGCACAGAGUGUAUCGUGUGAGAAGUUCUAGUUUUUUUUCCCCUAGAUGUUUUUGUCUUCCUUUCACAAACCGGUCCUGUUUCCCGGCUGAGCCCGUGUCUGCAAGAGCUCGGCCCCAGCGCAAGCGUCGAAAGACCGGCCAGUCAGAACUCUCUGGAACGGAGCGAGUGGACAGGAAGACUGCACCGCUGCGUUUUUGUGAGCACGGACUUGUGCGUGUCCUCGGAGCCGAAGCGGUCACAUGACAACCUCUGGCCACCUUUUUCCAGGCCGUGGUUGGCGAGGCGAAAUCGAAUUUGAGCAGUGUGGUAUUUUUGCCUUUCAUAUUAUAUGAGCACAAGCUUGAGCUCGACUUUCAAUGUCAGAUCUCUUCCCGAAAGUCGGUUUUGUUUUUUGACUGGACGACGCAACUGGCUUCAGUUGGGGUGACUAUCAAAAUACCAAAGCUGAGAUUAGCUGGCCUUUCUCCAGAGGAACUGUGAUACAUGGUAAGUGUAAUACAGGCAACACGUGAACAUGGUUGUUCAUAAUGAGGCUUGAUUUCUAUUUGACCCUAGGCGGGGGGUUGUGGAGGGGACACCCCAAGGUCUGUUUUAUACUACACUGCAUUCCAUCGCACGUCUGUCCAAUGGCGAAACAGGAAGCCGUGCUGCCCUCUGACCUCUUGUGUCCAUGGAAACCAGCUGAUGUUCCGGUACAUAGUCUGAAUGGAUUUCCCAAUAAAGUAAAUAAACAAAUUGAUAUUUUUCAGAUUUAUUGCACACAGCGACACUUGGUUCUUACUGCUGCACUUGCAACCAGAGGGUUGUGGAUUCAGGUCCUUGUUUAGAGGUACUUAACCUCAACUGCUUUGGUACAUAUACAGCGGUACAAAUGGAUGACAUGUGAAAUGUAAGAUAGUUCUGUACCGCAUUGGAAAAGGGUGUGAGCCAAUCAUAAACAUUCAUGAUUGGUUUUUGAGAAGUUUGUCGUGGCCAAUCAGAGAGAUGCACAUUGAGUGUUACUGUAUAAUUGUGUGGUAAUUGAUGUUAAAAAAAAAACAUUCUUUCUGAUUGUCUGCUAAUGUCUGGUAAAUGUUUUCAGUGUAUUCUCAAUCAGUAUGUAACUAUAAGAACACUAACUGAGGCCACUGGAAAAGUUGUGAAUACUUAUUUGUAAUCCACACCACUGGUGUCUGGAGAUGAUGAACAAUGAGACAGGAAUUUAUAUAUAAAAUGUAAAGUAAAAAAAAAAAUAAAAAUCACUGUAAAGUU